UUUUCUCUUCACCAUAUCACAGUGAUUUCCAUCGUAGACACAGACAACAUAUGUCCAGUGUGUUCGGUGAUUUGGGAAUGGGAUUUGGUCAUCAUGAUCCAUUUAUGGCCAUAACAGAUGGUCGUCGGUCAGCCGUAAGCGCUAGACCCUCUCAUAACCCAUCAAGAUCCGUCCAGCAACAACAGCAAAUGGCUCCAUUUGGCAUGUUUGACAUGUUCUCCGGAAUGAACCGCAUGAUGGCAGAUAUGCACCAGAAUUUUGGGCAAUUGGCUAGCAAUCCUAAUGCCCAUACCUACAGCCAUUCCUCAUUUACUAGUUACUCAAAUACUGGUGGCGGAGCUCCAAAUAUUUAUCAAGCAACAUCAAGUACCAGACAAGCUCCAGGAGGGAUCAAAGAAACACGCAGAUCUGUUCGGGAUUCUGCUUCUGGUGUGGAGAAAAUGGCUGUUGGACAUCAUAUUAAUGACCGUUCACAUACAAUCAAGAAAUCUCGCAAUGCAAGAUCCAAUGACACUGAGGAAGAGCAAGAAUUUGUAAAUCUAGAUGAAUCUGAUUCAAGAGCAUUUGAUGAAGAAUGGCAGGCAAAGACCCGACACCAUAGAACAGCUGUACAAGAUCGCACUCAUAGCUCAAGACGAAGGCAUACGCCAGCAAUCUGUGAUGGAAAAAGUGAACCACAAAGCAGAAAGCGAACACAUAAAGAUCAUUCAGAUGGGCCAAAGAGUGAGCGACACAGAGUUAGAAUCCACUCGCAGCCUAAAUAUUAAAAACAUCAGAGAAAAUAUGAUCAGAUUUUGGAUUAUUUGUAAUAUUAGUUAUUCAUGAGUUAUUUAAACAUAUUAUUUAAAAGCCAUUUCUAAUGAGUGUUCUUGCAGGAUCUUCAAUGCCAUAUUUAUUAAAAUUGGUAUCUUGGAAGAAAGUAUAAGAAAUGUAUGUGUUGUAUUAUGUAUUGUCAUAAUGGAGGCUGGACUUAAUGUUUUUGAAAGAGUGACACAUACCAUGUGAGGUCUCACCAAAAAAUAAGCGGUAUCUUUGUUGACAUCAUAUUUGGAUAAUCACCUAAAUAGGUCAAAGUCAAACACUUUCCAAAAAUACUUUUGAAUACUUUGAUACAAAUAUUUUAUGAUAGCAUUUUUAAUUAAUUUUCUUUCUGUAAAAGUGUUCUCAGUGCAUUCUCCAUGUUCUAUUUGUACAGGUUAGUUUAACUUUGAGGCUGAUUUUCUCAAAACCAUGUUUUUUGAGGGUUUAUUUUUUUGGCAUUUUGUUUUACUGUUUGAAAACAAACAAUGUUAAAGGCGGCUAUAAUAACAUAUGGAAAAAAGAGAGUAAAUUAUAUAAUAUAAAAUUAUAUUUAGUCCAAGGUGUAGAGACAGAAAUGAAAUAGUAAUAUAAGUUAUAAUACAAAAUAUAAAUUUAUACAUGCUUGUAGAUACACAUACACGCCAUAUACAAAUACAUAUACCUACACUCAAACAGUACAUAAAUGUAUAUUAUCUAAUUAUAAUAAUAAUAAUAAUAAUAAUAAUAAUAAUAAUAGUUGUAUAAUAAUAAAUUGAAUAGCGCAUCAUGCCAAAAACACUAUGCGCUUGUUGAUUGAGUUCUUUCAGUCUGAUAUUUGAUAUCCAAAAUGAUAUAUAAGGCAGAAAAACAUAUACAAAUACAUAUACUUACACUCAAACAGUACAUAAAUGUAUAUUAUCUAAUAAUAAUAAUAAUAAUAAUAAUAAUAAUAAUAGUUGUAUAAUAAUAAAUUGAAUAGCGCAUCAUGCAAAAUACACUAUGCGCUUGUUGAUUGAGCUCUUUCAGUCUGAUAUUUAAUAUCCAAAAUGAUAUAUAAGGCAGAAAAACAUAUACAAAUACAUAUACUUACACUCAAACAGUACAUAAAUGUAUAUUAUCUAAUAAUAAUAAUAGUUGUAUAAUAAUAAAUUGAAUAGCGCAUCAUGCAAAAUACACUAUGCGCUUGUUGAUUGAGCUCUUUCAGUCUGAUAUUUGAUAUCCAAAAUGAUAUAUAAGGCAGAAAAACAUAUACAAAUACAUAUACUUACACUCAAACAGUACAUAAAUGUAUAUUAUCUAAUAAUAAUAAUAAUAGUUGUAUAAUAAUAAAUUGAAUAGCGCAUCAUGCAAAAAACACUAUGCGCUUGUUGAUUGAGCUCUCUCCGUCUGAUAUUUGAUAUCCAAAAUGAUAUAUAAGGCAGAAAAAGAAUCUGAAGGGUAUUAUUUAAUUUGUUAUAAACUCGCAUCUCUGGAUCUACUUAUCCAGAGAUGAAAGCCAUUCAAAGACCAAAUAAAAGUUUAUAAUGUGACCUACCCAAACAUGCUGUGAUUGUACCAAACAUGAGUCAAGCAAAUAGUUUUUGUGGUGAGACUUCACAUUGUUGAGGUACAAGACACAAUUGGCAACUGGGAACUGGUAAGUGUUAUAUGACAAUUAAUAAAAACGGCCUACUGAUACGCGAGAAAUAAAUGGCAAGGAAAGUUGAUUUAAAAUUGUGUUUAUACUUAUUCUAGCAUUGUGUGUGCACUUUAGGCUUUGGAAUUUACAUAAACCUUCCAACCUUUUUACCUAGCCUAGAGAUCCUAACAUAUCCUAUUUAUAGUACAUAGAUUGACUAUUCUCGCAUCUAAUCUAACCACUAAUAUACUUAUUGUGAAGUCUCGGUAUUUGGGGCCAGUAUCUUGUGAACCGUUUUAGACAGUAUUCCCAAGUCCAAGUUGUUUGCUGGUGUUCCAGCAUCAUUGAUGUCCCUUAGAGGAAAUCACUCUGAAGAAGCACAUGCUAUGUCACACAUCGGUUGCUGAUUGUGUCUAUUGCUGAAAGACGGUCGGGUAUAAUUUUGAAACCUCAAAAAUCAUUCAACUUAAACCCAAAAAGCUAGUCUGCAUGCUUUGCCAUUUCUAAGUUCUAUUAUGCAAAUUAUGCUGUAUGCUUGAUUGUUAUUAAAGUACUUGUUGAAUAGGAUUGUCUUAAUUUAGAUUGUAAGAUGCACAAUAUCUCUUUCAAGAUAAACAUAAUAUUAACAUGAUGAAAGAGUAAAAACCAAGUUAGAAAUUUGCAACUUCUUGUAUUUUAAUUGUAUAUAUUAUUGCUUUUUGUUUAUGAUUAAGUCAGAGAGAAAACAAAAGUUUUUUUUUUUCAGAUGGCUUUAUUCGUGAUCAAUAAAAAGCUAAUGUAUAAUGGUU